AUGAAGUUGGCAAACACCCGUUUGACAGACACCAGCAUGUGUCACUGCCGGUCACCCGAUCUCUUUUCCAAUAGGCUCAGACACAUUGAAAGCCAGUCAGAACGCCACAUCAAGGAGACUAAGUCCAAAUGUAAGCACACUGCUCACCUUCUAACUGACGCGCCCAACCCUCAAAAUAAGGGAGCCCUGCUGUUUAAAAAACAACACCAAAGAGUCAAGAAGUUCACACUUGUGAGUUACGGGACUGGUGAUAGCGAUCUCAAUACUGAAGACCAAAUAGAAGAAGAAGAAGAAAUUGGGUCAGCAGAGUGUAACGUUGCAGCGACAAGCGAUUCUGAUUUUGAAGAGGAGAACUUUGUGGAUCCCCGAAAGCAUUUUUUAAGUCUGAAGUGGAAACGUUUUGAAGCAAUGGAAGAACUACCAGAGACAAAGGGAAAAGGCUUAAUGAUGUUUGCCCAGCGUCGUAAACGUAUGGAUCAAAUUCUGUCAGAGCAUGAAGAACUGAUAAGUAAAGGCUUACCUGUGGAGCCUUUGCAAGUUGAAAACCAGAAUACUAACAAUGCUAAGCUGAUGUACCAGGAUUUUGAACAGCCCAUUCAGAGCUGCAUGGAUGCAGAUCUGAAGCAGACUCAAAAGAGUGUUCACAAGAUGAAUUACAUAUCCAGUGUGCCAAAGCUGAUAGUGCCGAACAGAACCGCAAAGCCCUUCCCAGGAAUUCAGGAGAAUGCUAGUGUUCCUGUUCAGUCUCCAGUGCUAAAGAGGCAUGAACCCAGAUUUAAAGUCCCUGUAGCUAUUAACACUAGCCCAUAUGUUUGGUCCCCAACUGGAGACAUUAUAGCCUCCAGAGAUGAACGAAUAUCUGUGCCAGCUAUCAAGACUGGCAUCCUACCAGAGUCCAGACGGAGAGGCACUACUAAACAGUCAUCAACAUUGGUACAAGACUCAGAUGUUUACCUUCAGAAUACUGAGGAAGACUUUUUCAGUCUUGGGGCUGAAGCUUCUAACUUCAUGCAACCCAGAGCAGUAAAACUCAAGCAUCCACCUCCAGUUGCCCCAAAGCCUGCUUUCAACCCAACCUGCCCACCUUGGAUGAGAAAGAGUCCCACUGAUGAGCCUUGUAUCCCACCAAAAAGUCCAGUUUCACCUCCUUGUCAAAGUCCCAAGGGGCCUCAUAUUCAACAACCUGCUCAGCGCCAAGAAAUGGCCAACCGCUUGGCACCCAAUCAAUCUCCAGCAACACUUCAAACCCCUGGCAGUGCCUGGGCAUCAAGCAAUACCUCUCCUCAGCUUCAUCUUCCACCAACCACAACUAACCGGAGUCAAGAGCUGCCACGGUCCCCAGUGAGUAUUCGGGCCCACAGUUCUUCUUACAGUUCACAUCACCCACCUUCAGCCACAAGGAAUAAAACAGACAGUGCUCCAAACUCUGUUGCUUCCUGUCCACCUCCAGCAAGGAAGUCAUACAUCCUUGCAUCAAAAGGAACAACCGUUUCUCCAAGGAGUCAGCUAACAGAUAGAGAUAUUAGUCGGGCUGAUGAUGGUCCAACUAUGAUGGGUAAAGGUGUAGAGCUUUUUGCCAAAAGGCAGUCUCGUAUGGAGAAGUUUGUUGUUGGUGCUGAAAGAGUACAAGAUCGCAAAACAAGGCCUCCCUCCCCCAGCUCAUCCCUACCCCACUCCUGGAGGUAUUCCCCUAAUGUCCGUGCACCACCUCCUUUAUCUUACAAUCCCCUCCUUGCUCCUUUCUACCCUCCAUCAGCAGCCAAGCAACCCCCCUCAACAAGCCCCCAAAUUAAGCCUAAAAAUAAAGCAAAAUCUAAGCCACCUCCAAAGCACCUCAACACCUUAGAUAUUAUGAAACAUCAGCCUUAUCAGUUGGACUCAUCACUCUUCAAGUAUGAUGCAAACACUGAGACCAAAAGCCCCAGUACAGAAUCAAAAUCUGAGGCUACCCAUAGCCUUAAAGAAAGAUCUGCCUCUUAUCAGACCCCUUAUCAGGGCUCUGAUAAGGCAGUUCAGAAAAAAACAAAAUCCCUUAAAUCUUCUGGAUUGGAAUUUAGUAGAAGCCACUCUCCGAGCCUCUCUAAGCAGCUGAAUUCUGCUCCUCCUGCCAAACUUCUCUCACCUUUGAGCAUCCUUGGGACCCAGCCAUCAUUUUUACCCAUGCAAAGGCCAAGAUCCUUCCAACAAAAGGCCUACAAAUCACCUACACCAUGGGAGGCGGCAUCCAAGAGCCCCAUUGGGUCAGUGGAUGAGGCAUUUCUUUACCGGAGCCUUCAGUCAUCUGUUGCCUCUAACGUCAAAGUUGCUGGGCAACGUAAAACUCUGCCGGAGCCUCCACAUGAGUGGAAGCGUCGGGUGUCUCUAGAUGCCUUCGCUUUAAGCAAGGAUGAUCAUUUUGUGGCCCCUUCCUUUCAGGCACCAUCCAUGAGUAAGACCGGGCAGGUUUUCUAUGGGCCUCCAUUCAAACCUGCCCAACCUCUGAAGUGUGUCAGUAAAACCUCGUUAGGGUACAGCAGCCGAUCUAAAGACUUUGAUGGGUUUAGCACAGCCCAGAGAAGAUAACACCACUGAAGACCA